ACUAUAUAAUACAAGCGAUUUCUGCAUAAAACAAUAUGAAAUCUGUAGCUGCGCUCUGAAAGAGAAGUGUGAUGGAACUUAAUGUCUCUAUCAAUCUGUUCUUCAUUAAUUUUGGUGUUCAUCUGUUUUUAACAGCAAACUUUAGUGAUAUUGCUAGACAACCUAUCGCUGGAUAUUUCAACUGGAUAGAAGAUACGAUUGCUAGUAAAUACCUUAUGUGUCCGAAAUCAUGUAAACAAACAAUCACAAAAGGGCAAAGUUUUGCGGGGAGAAAUGUUGUCAAUUGCUGCGUGAAAUAUGCACGACCAUACUGGAUAAUUGAAAAGUUGCUCGGAAUUUUACACUUGAAAUCAACAAAAGAAAACAAUUUUGUUAUAGUUUCCAAUAGUACUAAUGGCACAUUGUUCUACAAGAUUUUAUACCAGCAGGGCCAUCUAGAAGUAGUACCGAGUAGUCUUUGCAAUAUCAAAGGAAUAGUGGAUAUAAAUUUUUCUAAAAACCAGGUUGAAAAUAUUACUCACAUCGAAUGUUUACACAUGCUGGACACAUUAAACUUGUCUUUUAAUAGAAUUGCAGUAUUGGGAAAUACAACAUUCAACAGAUUGGAAUACUUGAGAGUUUUGGAUUUAUCUUACAAUAAGAUACAAUAUAUAGAACCAAAUACAUUUAACUACCGUCCAGGUUCUCUCAUGAAGAUUUCUCUACAUCACAAUUUUCUAAAAUGCAUUGAUUUAACAAACUUAUUUCUCGAUUAUUCGUUUGACUUUAUACAACUGAGUAACAAUUGUAUAUCAGAGUUUACAAAUGAAUUGAAUUUUAAAUUUAAUCUUUCAAAAAGUGGUGGAAAUAUAAAUUUAAACUCUAACCAAAUUUCGGAAAUACCUAAUUUUUCGAAAUUAGGGUUUACCCGUGAAAAUAUAUUUAGUGCUUUUUUCAAAUUUCCUAUAAACCUUGAUGACAAUCAUUUAAAUUGUGAUUGCAAGUUAGAGCCUUUCAUUGUACAUUUCAAACUUGGUAGCAAAAAUUUUGAAGUAAAACGAAACUUAGCUUGCGAACAUCCACCAUUUCUUCGUGGUAGACGGAUUUUUAAUAUUAGUGCAGACCUUUUCAUAUGUAAUAUCUCAAUGAAAGACAAAUGUCCUUUCAAUUGCAGUUGUUUCAAACAGCCAUCGAGGUCAAGAGUUGUGAUUAAUUGUUCUAUGAGGGGAAAAUAUAAGCUGCCAACUGUUUUGCCGGAACAAGAUGGUUUAGAUAUUAAUUUAAGUCAUAAUUCGAUAACAGUUUUCGCAAACCGUACUUAUUUAUAUAGAACGUCUUCAAUCGAUUUGUCUUAUAACCGAAUAAAAAGAGUAGACCCAUUGAUUUAUGGAAUCCUGAAAAUUAGCAAUAUCAAUCUCAAGCACAAUGCUAUAUCUCAGAUAAACAAAAAUGUACAGCUGUUUAAAAAUAAGCGAACAGUUCAGUUCGGAAAUAUAACGAUCACGUGUUCCUGUGAGAUGAAGUGGAUUCAAAUUUGGCUGGAAAAUCAGAACAGAAGACGUAGAGGUAAUAACUUUAUUACAUGUCGUUUUCCCGAUAAAGAUGUUGAGGCAAUUUCUGUCUCUAAAUUUUGUGCCGAGGAAAAACCGAAGUCAACUGUGCAAUAUGCAUUAUUUAUUUUCAUGAUAAUCGUAUUUAUAUCUCUGUUUCUUUAUUUAACAUGGAAGUACGAAAUAUAUUUACUUUCAAGGAAUUUCAAAAGUCGGUACUUUGGCAGAUUCAAUAAUAAAACCAGUCAGCAACCGAACAAAUUUGGUGUGUACUUGUCGUUCAAUACUGAAAAUAACAAUAUAAUGAAAUGGGUAACAACGGUUGUCGUUUACAAUCUAGAACGGAAUGGCUUCAAAGUUUGUCUGCCUCCGAGAGAUUUCAUUCCAGGUGGUGUGCAAGUCGAACAGAUUUUCACUGAAGUUGCAAAUUCAAAUUCGUAUUUAGUUAUUUUGAGCGACGACUACUUAAAAUCACAAUUCAAUGUGAUUGAAUGGAACCAAAUUUGGGCUCACUUCAAGUCGAACAGCCCUCGAAGAAUUGUUGUAGUUAAUUAUGAUAUUUUGGAUAGCAGUCAUAUCAAAGAUAGGAGGUUAAAAGCCUUUGUCAGAGUUGGACAGACAUUUGACUUUUGUAACUUCGACAACAAAUUGCUAGAGGACCUUGAAAUAAGGCUACGAACUAUGAACCAAUAGAUAACAAAUAAUUAAUAUAUCUUAUUAAUAUAAACUGAUCGGCGUAGCUACAAUACAAUAUAAUUACAGCAGAAUGCAUUGAGUGUGUAGGUAAAGGUAAUAUCUUUGGUUAGUUUGCCUGCUAGCUGA